CGCCGCCCUGGCGAUGUCGCUCGUGCUGUUGAGCUUGGCCGCGCUGUGCAGGAGCGCUGUGCCGCGAGAGCCGACUAUUCAGUGUGGCUCUGAAAAUGGUAGGUGCGUUAGGGAAUGGGUACUGUGGGCUUUGCUUUGGAAGCAUAGUUGUAAUUUUAAGGGGGCCUGUACAUUUAGGACAUCAGAGACCAGACACAGGGUGAACCAUUGCUUUGUGAGCUGAUGCAGAUGAAGUCUCUGUUCUGGCAGAAUAAAGAGGUGUUUCAGGUGAGUCAGCACAGCAGGGUAGGACUUGCCAUGCAAGGUGGAAAGUGAUGCCUGCCACUCUACGGAGAGAGAUCACUUACAGUUGGGACCAGAAAGCAAAUGUUUCAUAGAAGAGUGGGUGUUUGAGAUGGUAGCAUUUGAAGAAUGGGUGGGCUUCUGCCAUGUGGGUAAGGAGGGUGAGCUGGAGGAGAGAUGGCACCAGCAAAGGCUAGGAGGUGGGAACGUGGGGAUUAUGCGGGCCAGCUGGCUGGAGUCCAGGGCUGAGGUACAGAGCAAGCAGGACUGACCCUAAUAAACAUGUUAAAUACACUAUGUAUAUAUGUACUUACAUAUACAGGUAUCUAGAGUGGUCCCAAGUGCUCUGUAGGUUGGCACCAGGAGAUUGAGAGUAUUUUUCUUAGGUCAACAUCACCUCGACUAUAAAAGAGCCAGCACCAAGAAACAUUUGGCCCACCUUAGCAGGAAGUGAUGCACUGGCCAUCUCGAGAGUGGGAGAUCCAACAUAUUCUGACCCCAGGUGACUUGAGGGAUCUCCAAGUGGAACCUGUUAAAACCAGUGUUACAACAGAGGAUUAUUCAAUUUUGAUGAAUAUAAGCUGGAUGCUCCGCGCAGAUGCCAGCAUCCGCUUGUUGAAUGCCACCAAGAUCUGCGUGACGGGCAAAGGCAAAUUCCAGUCCUACAGCUGUGUGAGGUGCAAUUACACAAAGGCCUUCGAGAGCCAGACCAGACCCUCUGGCGGCAAAUGGACAUUUUCCUACGUAGGCUUUCCUGUGGAGCCGAACACACGCUAUUUCAUUGGGGCCCAUAAUAUCCCCAAUGCAAAUAUGAAUGAAGAUGGCCCUUCCUUGUCUGUGAAUUUCACCUCACCAGGCUGCCUAGACCACACAAUGAAACAUAAAAAGAAGUGCAUUGAGGCAGGAAGUCUGUGGGAUCCAAACAUCACCGCUUGUAAGAAGAACGAGAAGACGGUAGAAGUGAAUUUUACAGCCAGUCCCCUUGGAAAUAGAUACAUGGCUCUUAUCCUGAAUAACACCGUCAUUGGGUUUUCUAACGUGUUGGAGUCUAAUGACCUGAAAGUCAGUUUGAAAAGCAAGGCUCGUUCACUGGUGGUCUUUGAUCUGCUCACUCGUGACUCAAUUCUUGACUGUCUCACUUACCUGCACCAGAACAAACUAUCUCGAACUUCUGUGGUGAUUCCGGUGACUGGGGAGAGCGAAGGUGCUGUGGUUCAGUUGAUUCCGUAUUUCUCUACUUGUGGCAAUGACUGCAUCCGACACAAAGGAACUGUUGUCCUUUGCCCACAAACAGGUGUUCCCUUCCCUCUGGAUACGAACAGCAGCAUGUUAGGAGGCUGGCUGCCGUUCCUCCUCCCGUCUCUGCUGGUGGUCACGUGGGUGCUGGUGGCCGGGAUCUAUCUAAUGUGGAGGCAUGAAAGGAUCAAGACCACUUCCUUUUCUGCUACCACGUUACUACCCACCACUAAGGUUCUUGUGGUUUACCCAUCUGAAGUAUGUUUCCAUCAUACAGUUUGUUACUUCACUGAAUUUCUUCAAAACCAUUGCAGAAGUGAGGUCAUCCUUGAAAAGUGGCAGAAAAAGAAAAUAGCAGAGAUGGGUCCAGUGCAGUGGCUUACCACUCAGAAGCAAGCAGCAGAUAAAGUAAUCUUCCUUCUUUCCAAUGACGUCAACACCGCGUGUGACAGUACCUGUGGCAAGAGCGAGGACAGCCUCAGUGAGAACUCUCAAGACCUGUUCCCCCUUGCCUUUAACCUUUUCUGCAGUGACCUAAGAAGCCACACUCACCUGCGCAAAUAUGUGGUGGUGUACUUUAGAGAGGCUGGUACCAAAGACGAUUACAGUGCUCUCAGUGUCUGCCCCCAGUACCACCUCAUGAAGGAUGCCACCACUUUCUGCUCAGAACUUCUCCAUGUCAAGCAGCAUGUGUCAGUGGGGAAAAGGUCACAAGCCUGCCACAAUGGCUGCUUUUCCUUGUAGCCCACCCAUGAGAAGCAAAGAGACCUUGAAGCCUUCCUUCAGGAUCAUCACAGAAAAAGCAUUUGUGAUGAUCCUAAAGUAUACUCUACAGCCUGGAAGUGGUCUACUAGUUAAAACAUUUUAUGCCAAUAAAAUUCUUGUUACAAAUAUUGCCAAUCACUGUAGCAUUAAGCAUUUAAACUAAAUUCAUAAUUAUAAAACUAAAUCAUUUUUAUACCUACAAAUCAAAAAUAGUUAUAAUUGAAAACUAUGACCAUUCUGAAAAUGCAACAAUAAAGCAUCUUCCAACCAAA